GAUAAGAGAGAGAGGCGGGCAGCUAUAACCGGCAACCACACGGUGGACAUGAUUAUUUCAAAGGAUCUGUUCCUCUUUGGCGACCAAGAUUACCUGCGCCUUCCCAGCAACGAGAAGCGCCAGCAACGGGCAAUGGGCCGACCGAUCAUCAAUGCUCCCAGAGUGGAAAGCUCAGCGUUGCAGUUGGUGUACCCGCUGGAUUCUCGUCCGGUGCAGCUAAUCUUCCGGGGGUUGCAGGUGGUCAAGGAGAAACGAGCCCUCCUGCGAGAUGUCUCGGGCGUCGUUAAACCCGGCGAACUUUUGGCCGUCAUGGGCCCUUCAGGUUGCGGCAAAACGACGUUACUGAACUGCCUGUCGGGCCGCGUGGGCCUGGACGGGGGUGAAAUCUGGCUGAAUCGUGAAAGGCUGACAAAAAGAUGGCGCAGAAGAAUCUGCUACGUGCAACAGCAAGACGUUUUCUUUCCCGAUCUCACGUUGCGGCAGACCCUCGAGUACCAGGCGAGGCUCAGGCUUCCGGACACGUUCUCGCACUCCCAGAAGAUGCAGUGCGUGGAUCAUAUCAUCGAGGUCCUCGACCUCGCCGCCUGCCAAGACACCAUUAUCGGCGAUUACACGAAACGGGGACUGUCCGGCGGGGAGAAGAAGAGGACUAGCAUAGCCUGCGAGCUGCUCACCAAUCCGUCGCUGAUGUUGCUCGACGAACCAACGAGCGGGCUGGACUCGCAUUCGGCACAGGCACUGAUUUCACGACUGAAGAAAUAUGCCGAGCAAGAGGGCAAGAGCAUCGUGGUAACAGUGCAUCAGCCCAGUUCCAGGAUGUUCCACAGUUUCAGCAAGAUCCUGCUGUUGAGCCGUGGCCAGGUCGCGUAUUAUGGCCCCACAGCGAAUAUCGGCAGGUUUUUCUCCACGAUCGGACUCACGUUGCUGCCACACUAUAACCCCGCUGAUUUUAUACUGGAGCAAAUAAAGGGGCCAGAAGAGGUUCGGGAGCGCAUCGUGGCCGCGGCGAGGAACGCGAGACAGGGACCUGACUGCCCGCCGGAACUUCGUCCGGAGUAUAAUCCCAGCCAACAUCCGCUCUGCGACCAUCUGAUCCAUUAUCAGGAGCACCACAUCAGCCACAACGUGAAGGAAGACGAAGGUCGUACGCUGUGGUUGGACACACAAAGCCAUGCCAGCAGCAGUGCCAGUUCUGCGGACGACGACUAUGCCUGGCAGUGGCCCACCAGUUUCUGGUCGCAAUUCAAAGUAUUAUCAGAAAGAAACUUUCAAGAGGCACGGCCACGAAUGCUGUCUCGUCUGAAUUGGCUGCAAACGAUAGCCCUCGGACUGCUCGCUGGACUGCUGUGGCUAAGGCUUCCCAGAACAGAAGCGGCACUUCACGACAUCCAAGGCUGGAUGUUCUUCAGCACCACGUACUGGAUGCUGUUCGCGCACUUUGGUGCACUCUCCAGUUUUCCUCCGGAACGCGAGGUAAUCAACAAGGAGCGAUUGUCAGGAUCGUAUCGGCUCUCGGCCUAUUACCUGGCGAAAAUGGUCGGCGAGCUGCCUCUCACGAUUACGUUGCCCGCGGUCUACCAUAUCAUUAGUUACCCGAUGUUGGGCUUCCACAGUCCGGCAGUUUUCGUCACCCUGCUGGCGUUCCUGUUACUCAACACCGUCGUCGCGCAGAGCGUUGGAUUUUUCGUUGGCGCGUGUUGCUUGGACCUGCAAGUUAGCAUAACCGCGUCCGCUCUUUACACACUAGCGACACAACUGCUCGGUGGCUAUCUGGCGACAGCAGUGCCACCAUGGCUGGCGUGGGCCAGAUACGCGAGCAUGGUGCACUAUGCCUAUCAGAACAUGCAGAUCCUGGAGUUCGGCGUCGGCGAGCCAAUCACAUGCUCGCAGCCAAGCAAGUUCCAGGAGUGCAGAAACGCGACGACGAUACCGGUGUCCGCGAUCCUCGAGAGCCAGGGCGGCGCCAGGGGUUCCGGUCUUCCACUAUGGGCAAACACGGCCGUCCUCCUGGCGUUCCUCGUCAUAUUCCGCACCCUGGGCUACCUGGUGUUGCGCUACUACCGCGUACCCAAGUGAACCGGCGACCGAUGAGAACCGCCAUUCUACUGCCGCCUCAUCCACGAGUGGAUCGGCCGCGAUCGACGGACGUCGGGACGGCCUCGCCGCUCUAACGAGAACGUCAUCGUCGUCAUCGUCGUCUGCAUCGUCGUCGAGCUUCCCUUUGACCCUUCGUUUCGCCCACGGACAGAGUAGCUCGCGUAACCGAAGCAGAGAAAACGAGAAACCGUGCGCGGAAGUUUAUUUUUCCAGGAUGCCUCCGGUCGCUCUUGGCCUCGUGACGACCGGGAUUGGUGGUGAUGGUGGUGGUGAAAAGAAAAGCCCCUGGACCGCGACAGUGAAAUGCUCGAUCGGACCGAUCCCUCGGAGGGAGCUUCCGAGGAUUCGGUCGCGUUCCCGCGAACGAAAUCCACGUUGAUCCCGGAUUGGUACCAUCUACUUGGAACGAUCUCAGACCGGGAAUCCCUUUAAGGGAGUCCCCUUUCUGGCAUGGAAGCGUUCCGUCUCGCGUGUUAGGUUCAGGUUCAGGCUCACGCGAGCUGCUCGACAGAGAUGGAGACCUCGUGAUAGUCAGACCCGGAGGAUCCGGCUCACCUGUCCGCCAAUCUCUCUCGCAUGAACUCUUUUCAGAACCACCUGCCAGCCGAUGAUACCGCUAUUUUAAUUACCGAGCGUUUAGCCACGACUAUUUUUAUUAAUUGUACACGCAUCUUCGCAGAAUAGAAUACCUCAGACAGACAGGGAACCAGCGACCUAAGCGAAACGAGGGGUUAAAAAGAGAGAGAAAGAGAGAGAGAGAGAGAGAGAGAGAGAGAGAGAGAAAUAGAGAGUACGUGAAGGAAGGGUUGACGGAGAGCGCGAGAGGAAUCGGGGGUUUCCGCUCGUUUCCGCUAGCGGCCGGCGACGGAAGUACGCGCGAGGACGCGUCACCAAGAGACUUGGCGAAGACUAUACAUAAGAUUGUACACGUAGAGACUUUAUAUAUAUAUAUAUAGAUAGAUAGAUAUACAUACAUAUAUCACGCUAUCACGUAGAGUAAGAGGAGCAUGAGAGGGAGCAUGAACGAGAAAGAAUGGGGAGGAACUCUUUCGUUUUAAUUUCUUGCGGAAACAAGGGUAUAAUGAUAGAACGAAGGAUGCGUGUGCGUGCGUGCGUGUGUGAUGCGCGUGUGCUCGCGGAGACAGCACGA